AAGCCAAAUGAAUUCAGUUCUAAGACCAACUAUGCACGAAUUAGACACUCAUCAGUCCUUCAAUCAUAUGUGGCGCAUUUGGCGUUUCACUGGAAUAUAUCCACCAAAAACUUACAAAUGGCUCUACAACAUUUAUGGAAUUAUUGUCAACAUAAUUGCCGGUGUUUUUUCGCCAAUUUCAUCCUUGUUAAAUGUGUUUUUUUUUAUUUGACAUUGAGUUGAUUAUGAAAACAUUACAAAUUAGUCUAUACCUCUGUACUGUGGCAGUCAAGCAGUUGAUGAUUUAUAUCGGAUUAUCUCAGUUUGAAAUGGCAAAGUUCUAUCUUAGUCAACUUGACAAACGGGCUAGUGUUAAUAAAGAUGAAUUCAAAUACUUGAAAAGAAUUGUUAAACAGUGUCGUUAUAUUGGACUGACAAUACAUACAAUAUUUGUGGUUUCGUUUGUGCCAUAUUCGGUUUCAAAUAUCGUUAAAAAGCAGCUCUUUUUCGAAGGAUGGUUGUCUUCAAAGUCGGAACUUUCAAAUAUGCAAUUUGCUCUUGCGUUUUCAAUUCAAUUUUUCCCAAUCUUGUUUCAAAUUAUUCAAAAUACUGCCAAUGACGCAUUUUCGCCAGUCAGCAUUAAUUUACUAAAUGGUCAAAUUCGGGUUCUUGGCAUGAGGGUUGCACGAAUUGGACAAGAUAUUAGCAAGUCAGCUGACGAAAAUUACGCCGAACUGAAAGCUUGUAUAAAUGACCAUCGAAAUAUUAUAAGUCUUUUUGAUAUUAUCAAACCUACAGUUUCACGAACUGUCCUCGUUCAAUUAAUAAUUACUGGAGCUUUACUGUGCAUGACAGUAUUUUACUAUAUUAGUUUCAAUCAUGGAUCAGUAAGUCGGUUAGUAGCUACAAUAUUUGACAUGAUCUCAAUACUGAUUGUGUCGCUUCCGAUUUGCUAUUUUGGAAAUUCACUGAUGGAAGAAACCGAGCAACUAACAACUGCUAUUUACAAUUGUAAUUGGACGGAUCAGACAUUGAAAUUUCAAAAGUCUUUAAUAAUUUUUAUGCAACGAUCUCAGAGGGAAAAUAUUUUAACUGCUGGAGGUCUUCUAACAAUUAAUUUGCAAACUUUUAUUGCUAUCAUUCGAUUUUCAUUUUCAAUGUUUACUGUAGUCAGCCAAAUGUCUGAGGGAAUUGUGUCCACAAAUUAAUUCAAUUCGAUAAGUAAAUUCGUGUAAAGUAAAAUAUUGUAA